AUGCACCUUGACAUAUUUCUGCAUGUGGCUAUUGACAAAACCUGGUUAUAAAACCGACAAGAGGACUUUGGAUUAUAAUCACAUGAUAUGUUUUAUCAGUGUCACUGUGGCUAUCGGUUCAUAACGUGUACCGCAAAGUCCUUAGUCAUUGCUAGUCUGCACAUUAUGGUGGCUGCCAUGAUCUAAGUUUGCUUCACCUGACUGAUAAUUCAAUAACCGACAGCUACGAUGAAGAGAAACAGUGCCUACGCAGAAUCUAACCGACAAGAUUUUGCUGAUAUUAAUUUUCGAGGAAAUCUUCCCAGAGAAACCAUGACAGAAGUUGAGGAGCUGAAAACAGAAAUGGACGAAAGCCAGUUUGUCAGGAUAAGGGGUUGGAGGAUCAAUAGAGUAAUUGCUGUUACUCAUCUGAAUAUAUUUCUGUACGCCACAUGCUUUUUUAUCCAGAAUGGAACCCUGCCCUAUCUGUCAAAGAAACUUGGAGUAGAUCCUGUAAUGUUUGGAUACCUUCAGACAACUUUCGCAAUCGUCCAGUUAGCCGGAGGACCGUUGUUUGGUAGGUUUGGCGAUUUGUUAGGUGGCCGAGCUGCCAUGACCCUGGCUUUCCUUUCAGCAGCCCUUUCAUAUUUCAUACUUGGUAUGUCAACAAGCGUUCUUAUUUUGUUUUUAUCAAGACUUCCAUCCCUCUUCAUGCAUGCGAUGCAAGGUGGUCAGAUGAUUGUGACAGAUAUCGGAGAUGCAAGUCAGAGAGCCGACGCCCUCGGGAAGUUGGGCAUGUCUUUUGGCCUUGGAAUGGUCGUUGGCCCGGUUUUUGGAGGAAUCCUGACAAAGACUCUGGGAGAGCAGUUCGCAGCAUUUAUUGCUAGUGCUGGAUCUAUGCUAAGUGCUGCACUUGUUCUGAUGUUUAUACCCAGACACACCAAGAAGGCAGAGAUACAGACAGACACUUCUGGAAAGAGCAUCUUCAAUGUUGAGAAAUUCUUGCAGUUAAUUAUGGGCCCAGGAGCCAUGUUUUUACUUCUAGUGCGUCUGGCAUCAGGUGUUCCUAUGGGAGUGUUUCAAAGUAUGUUUCAAGUUGUUGCUCUGAAUACAUUCAAACUGACGCCUGACCAAAACGGCUUUCUUGUGUCCUACAUUGGGAUCACCGCCAUGGUCGUACAAGGGAUUGGACUCGGAGUUAUAACCAAGAAAUUCAGUGAAAAUAACAUUCUGAAGUGGUCAACCUUCAUCCUAGCAUGGGCCAAUCUACUACUCUCCUUUGUGACAAAUGUAAGUGAGUUUUGUCUGGUUUGUCUCCCCUUGAUUGGAGGACUCAUGGCACAGAACGUCAUCAGCAGCAGCUCUCUAACAAGAACUGUCGCGGACGCGGACACUGGUGCUAUGCUAGGACUCAACAUGGCUGUGAACUCUCUAGUGCGGAGUGUGUCACCAACGAUUGGUGGUUACAUGUUGGAAAAUGUUGGCUUUUCUUCCUUAGGGUAUUUCGGCUUUCUGACCAAUGCUGUCGUCACUCUCAUCCUCUUCUGGAAGUUCAGAUCUCAAAGUCCUAGUAUGUAACUAUAAGCAGUUUGACAGUGAGAGUAUGUGUGUAAUACUGUUUAUGUGUGUAAUACGAUGUCAAAUGCAUAGAUGCCAAACUUGAUGCGAUAGUUUAACAAUGACGACACCAAUAUAGGAGUCUUGGUGAAUAAUCGCCAUUACUAGCCACCGUAGCCACGGCUGCGGAUUUCGUAUGCAGAAGAACAUGUUUCAAAUGGAUGGACUGCGUCGAUGAAAUUGGUUGCUUAUUAUUUUCCCCGAAGUCCAAACGCUUCCGCCAACAAUGUGCAGUACCUGGAUCCUUAUGGUGGAGAGGGUUACCCUUGGUGAUUUGAAAAGUCGUCCACGGCAGAAAUGACUGCAUCACCAUUUGAGAGGUGGCAGUUCAAGGUCUUGGAUCAUCUUCGAGGCUCUGUCUUCCCCUUUUGAACUCCACUGUUCAUUUGGUAACACUGACAAAGGGAAGAGCAUCAUCCCCUAAAGGUGACACCAUGUCCGCACGGAUGACCAUUGGCGCCCUUUCAGUUGGAUAUACGUGUUAACAGUGUGGUAGCAUGGCUGGUGCACCUACAUCAACAGAGAAUACAUUCAUUUAGAUGCCUGCAGGAAUGUGCUGCCUGGCUGUGUCUUUGGUUCAAGUGCAGCCUGUAAACAUGGACAGGAUUGUACUUAAAUACAUGCAAACUGUUAAGGGUGUACUAUACAUCCUUCCUAGUCAGGCUCGGGGCGGUCGGGUAGCCUAGUGGUUAAAGCGUUCGCUCGUCACGCCGAAGACAGGGGUUAGAUUCCCGACAUGGGUACAAUGUGUGAAGCCAAUUUCUGGUGUCCCCCGCUGUGAUAUUGCUGGAAUAUUGCUAAAAGCGACGUAAAACCAUACUCACUCACUCACUCCUACUUAGGCUCAGUACUUUUCAGACGCCCAUCGUAUGCAGUAGUUUCAUGUCAUUUAUUUUGGGGGUCUUCAACUGAAUUGGGCAUCGUCUGUUAUAACGUGUUUUAACUGGGGGAAAAGUGGUUGAUUCAUAGGUAAUAAUUUCGAAUGAUUAUUUUUAAAUUAUAAGUUAUAAUUAUAAUUAUAAAGUUUGUUUUAAUCAUUAAGGUCUUUUAGGCAUCAUGUUCUUACUAACUUAAAAUAUCCUGAUUGAUUGACAUAAUGAGUAUUGACAUCAUCAGUUUUUCAAAGAAUCACCAAAAAGAGACUCAGUAUACAUACAUGGCGAUUGUUAAAAUUGUUUCUUCUUAUGUUCAACCUUCUGUGUCUCUUGUCUUGUACAUGUACUUGCAUAUAUAGAAGUUAGAUAAAUCCGACUGUGUCCAUGAUGCUAUCACAGUUGGUCAGGCUCGCUGACUGGGUCGAUGCAUGUCAUCGAUCCCAAUUGCGUGGAUCGAUGCUCAUGUUUUCAGUCACUGGAUUGUCUGGUCCAGGCUCGAUUAUUUACAGACCGCCGUCAUAUAGCUGGAAUAUUGCUGAGUGCGGCGUUAAACAACAAACAAACAUCUUAGAUACAGCACACAUAUAGAGAGACAUCCUAAUCAUGGUGACCACACAGUGUGUAACAAUAGGAAUUCCAUUACUCUGCAUUAGACACAUACACUUCUAUUCCAUGUCAUUUGACUAUGGACCUGUCAGAGUGUAUCAUAUGCUAAGUGUCAUUAUGAUAUAACAAGAGAAGUUGUACAUUCAAUAUCUUUUUACACCUACUGGACAGUGUCUUACAGUCAGACAGGGGGCCAAUACAAAAGUGUAUUAGUUUGUAAUUGUGUAUACCAAUUGUCCUCAGUUCAUCCAAGUAGUUUUAUACACCUUCACAAACCCUUCUCACUCUCUGUUUCCUCGCGUAUGCCACAGGGCUUGUCGUAAGAGGAUCUUGAUCAGACCUUUGACAAAUUUUAAUCGGGAAUUGUCCUAUCAAAGACGGCAUUAAAUAUCCUGAAUGUGUGACUCAGUCCGGGGUAGAACAGGUCUUCAGCAACCCAUGCUUGCCGUAAAAGGCGACUACGCUUGUCGUAAGAGGCGACUAACGGGAUCGGGUGGUCAGGCUCGCUG